UCCCGUUUGCAAGCACUGCAAAAGUGUAGAAGACGCGAGGCAAUGCGCACGGCGGAGAGUGUGUUCAGAAGCGGACGUGGUGAGCGAAACAGAUUUUCUGAGGACAAGGAGACGCCAGAGCAAGCUGUAAACACAACGUGUAGCGGCAAACCCUCAACAUAAGUCAGCAUUUCCAGUGUUUUUGGAGCACACGCCUCCAGAAAGCUGUUCGGAGAAGGUCGCGUGCGGGGUACGGCGUCUGCUCAUUAAUUCACCAGGACGGUUCAGUGUGACCAUCCGGCUUCAUACGUUUCCGUGCGCCCCAAGUGAUGGACAGGCAGUGGUGAUCGGUUGAAAGACCAGCCGACCUGGACGUCAACAAGUCCACUGUGCCGUGAGAAAAAUGGGCUGUUUUUACAUUGUGGAGGGGUGGGCUUUGCUGUAACACCGGUGGAUCAUGGCAGGGGUACACACUUCAGAUGCUGUGUCGGGACAAUUUCUGGAUCCUGCAGUCGGCGCCCCGACAGCCCAGGGCGCGACCAACGCAGCGGGAAUCACCGGCGAUGCGGCCGGUACCCGGGCGUACUUGGAGGUGUCGGCCGCUGCCCAGGGCUACGGGGCCGAGGGAGUUUACACCAAUGGACGGUACAGGGAGCACGGCAGUCCAAGGAUCGGGAGUGUCAGCCGUGAUAAUUCCGCCGAGAGAUGUCAGGGAGCUGGAAACACGCCUUGCGGCAUUAUGAAGGAUGGUUCCAAACAGAGGCAGGUGAGGAAGAAAACGGUGUCCUUCAGCUCAAUGCCAAGUGACCGCAAGAUCAACAGCACAGCUGCCUGCAUGGCCUUCAUGAUGGAGGGUUGUGAGAUGAAGAAGGUGCGCUCCAACUCUCGCAUGUACAACCGAUACUUCCUGCUGGAUCCAGACAUGCACUGGCUCCGCUGGGAGCCAUCUAAGAAGGAUUCAGAGAAGGCCAAAUUGGAGAUCAAGAGUAUUAAGGAGGUCCGUUUGGGAAAGAAAACUCCUGUUCUGCGCAGCAAUGGUCUUUCAGAUCAGUUCCCUGAUGAAUGCGCCUUCUCAAUCAUCUAUGGGGAUAACUAUGAGUCUUUAGACUUAGUAGCCAGUACAGCAGAUGUUGUCAGCACCUGGGUGAUGGGGCUAAGGUAUCUGGUGUCUUAUGGCCGGCACCCCGUGGACAUGGUGGAGCCCAGCCAACCGAGUGUACGAACAUCAUGGAUUGGCUCAGUGUUUGAGCUAGCAGAUAUGGAAAAGGAAGGACACAUAGACCUGUUCAGGGCCACCCAGAUAAUCAAGGGGCUCAACCCAGGAAUGAAAGAGUCUAGAAUAGAGCUGAAGUUCAAGGAACUCCAGAAAGCUAAAGACCAAUACGGAGAGGCAAUUAACAUGGACACCUUUGUGGAGGCCUACUGUGAGCUCUGCACACGGCCAGAGAUUUUCUUCCUACUGGUGCAGUUCUCCAGUAAUAAGGAGUAUCUGGACAGUAAAGAUCUGAUGCUAUUUGUAGACGUGGAGCAAGGUGUGGAAGGUGUAACGGAGGACAUGUGCAGGGAUAUUGUUCAGAAAUUUGAGCCAUCCGCUGAAGGGAGAGAGAGGAGCUACCUCUCUAUCGAUGGCUUUACACACUACCUCCUCUCCUCCGAAUGCCACAUCUUUGACCCCCAGCACAAACGUGUGUGCCAGGAUAUGACCCAGCCUCUGUCCCACUACUAUAUCAACUCCUCACAUAAUGCCUCCCUUCUGGAAGACCAUUUCUGGGGUUCAUCAGACAUCAGCAGCUACAUCCGAGCUCUAAGAAUGGGCUGUCGCAGCAUUGAGGUCAUUGUAUGGGAUGGCCCUGAUAAUGAACCAGUGGUGUAUGUAGGUAGUUCUGUAGCCUCACAGCUAGCUUUCUCUAAAGUCCUGGACAUUAUAAACCAAUAUGCUUUUGAGAGCUCAGAGUAUCCCUUGAUUCUUUGCUUGGUGACCCACUGCUGCAUCCCCCAGCAGAGGGUCAUGGCACAGCACAUGAAGAAGAUUCUUGGUGACAAGCUGUACAUUGAAUCCCCCAACAAGGAGGAAAACUAUCUACCCUCCCCAGAGAAACUCAAAGGCAAAAUCCUUCUUAAAGGUAAGAGGCUACCACCCAACUGCACUGAUGCUGAGGGGGACGUGACAGAUGAGGAGGAGGGUCUGGAAAUGUCCAGGAGAGUGGGAGCUGAUGAGAAGGACCAGCUAAAUGGCUUGGGCUGCAAGAGAAUCAGACUGUGCAGGGAGCUGUCUGAUCUUGUGUCUCUCUGCAAGUCAGUCCAGUUCAGGGACUUUGAGAUCUCUAAGAGGGAUCAAAAAUAUUGGGAGAUCUGCUCCUUCAACGAGGUAGAUGCAAACAGGUUUGCCAACGAGUUCCCAGAGGAAUUUGUCUGUUAUAACAAGCGCUUUCUCUCCAGGGUAUAUCCCACUCCUAUGAGAAUUGAUGCCAGCAACAUGAACCCCCAGGAUUUCUGGAAGUGUGGCUGCCAGAUUGUGGCCAUGAACUACCAGACCCCAGGCUUGAUGAUGGACCUGAACCUUGGCUGGUUCAGGCAGAAUGGAAACUGCGGGUAUGUUUUGCGGCCGGCCAUCAUGAGAGAGGAGGUGUCCUACUUCAGUGCCAAUGCUCGGGACUCCCUACCAGGGGUGUCUGCCCAGCUUCUUCAUAUUAAGGUCAUCAGUGGGCAGAAUCUGCCCAAGCCUCGCGGUUCUGCUGCUAAGGGUGACGUGGUGGAACCCUACAUAUAUGUGGAGAUCCAUGGCAUCCCUGCUGACUGUGCUGAGCAAAGAACCAAGACAGUGUCCCAGAAUGGUGACAACCCUAUUUUUGAUGAGAGUUUUGAAUUCCAGAUCAAUUUGCCAGAACUUGCUGUACUGCGCUUUGUGGUGCUGGAUGACGACUACAUUGGAGACGAGUUCAUUGGCCAGUACACCAUCCCAUUUGAGUGCCUACAGCCAGGCUAUAGACAUGUCCCUCUGCAGUCUCUUACAGGAGAGUUCUUACCCAAUACCACUCUGUUUGUCCAUGUAGCCAUCACCAACAGGCGGGGUGGAGGAAAGGCACAUAAGAGGGGUCUUUCUGUCAGGAAGGGUAGGAAGGCCCGGGAGUACACCACCACCAAGACCACAGGGAUCAAAGUAGUGGACGAGCUCUUCAGAGCAUCCACCCAGCCCCUCAGGGAGGCCACAGACCUCAGAGAAAAUGUGCAGAAUGCCAUGGUGUCCUUCAAGGAGCUGUGCGGCCUGACCCCCGCUGCCAACAUGAAGCAAUGUAUCCUGACAGUGUCUACCUGGCUGAUGAACAGCGAGCGGUCACUGAGAGUAACAGUGGACCUGAGUGAGACCUACCCCACCAUGGAGGCUCAGGGUCCUGUGCCGGAGCUGCUGCGCAAAGUGCUCAACGCCUAUGAUAUGAUGAUCCAGACCAGCAGAACACUGAUCGAGUCGGCUGAUGUGGUCUACUCCAAGCUCACCCAAGCACAACGGGCAGGUCUGGACUUCCAUGAGGACCUGCACCGCAUUGGAGCAAAGGAGGGUCUGAAAGGCCGCAAGCUUCAGAAAGCCAUGGAGAGCUACGCGUGGAACAUCACUGUGCUCAAGGGUCAGGCAGACCUGCUGAAGCACGCGAAGAGCGAGGCACUGGACACUCUGCGUCAGAUCCACUGUGCAGCUCAGUCCUGCGGCCUCAGUAAAAACGGAGCGGCUUCCCCCCAGCUCCAGCAUCAUCCUCUCCACCAGCCACAGCAGCAGGUCCAGAUUCAGCAACAGCCUCAGGCCAAGCCCCACCAACAGCCUCCACCACUGAACCAAUCCCAAACUCAGCCCCAAUCCCAGAUCGCACCUCAGGCUCAACUCCAUCCCCUUCCCCAGCCGCAUCCCCUGCCACAUCCCCAGCUACCAGCUCUCCCUCUGGUUCAAACUGUUUCCAAACCACCGGCCUAUCCUCAACCCCCGCCCCUACCCCAGCUUCAAUAUCAGUUCCAGAGCCAGCAGCAGAGGGCAGUAGGGCCUCUCGAAGCCAUCCCCGAGAGAGAAAUGGUCAGUGACGAUCCCCCGGGAUCCUGCUGACCCGCAGCCUGUGCCCACAGAGAAUCCUACCCAAAGAGAGACAGAGAGAGCGAGAAAGAGAUGGAGAAGGAAAGGGGUGUACAAGAAAAGCAGGAGGCCAGUUAUGAGAGGGAGAUGGAACAGGUAAUGGAAAGGGUUAAAGAGAUGAUGAUGGCGAGGAAGACUCGCCGUGUUAGAAGUGAGACACAAGUCUGAUGAGAGGAGGGCUUAAGGAGAAAAGAAGGAGAGACCCCACACACUUCAAUCACACAUUUCUAAACAUGAUGGAAAACUGGAAAGACAAUGUUUAUUUUUCUCUUCCAUCUGAGUCAGAAAGUUCUGGUCUCUUCCGUCUUCUCUCUUGUGAAAAACAAAAGGGUAACAGCUGGUUUCUGCAUAGGAAUGCAUUCAGUAGUUGGAUCAGUUGGUUGGACAACGCUGUCUCUCUCUGGGCAGUGCUAGUUACAUGCCCCUCCACUAUGUACUCUAGCUCUGUGGGUACAGGCUUUACCUCACAUUGGCGUUUUGAUGCCACAAAUUUGCCUUUUCGUUUCUAGAGACUCUUCGGCAUGUCUUUGAGCUUUUGUUUCUUUCUUCAUGCUCACGCUCAUCCUCCUCCUCCAUCUUAGACAUAGAGCUGAGAGCGAUCCCUCACUCCUUUCAACGAGGAGGAUGCCAUUUUCAUUUUUUAAGUGCACAAAGUAGAGCAGCUUGUCUAGGCUGAGCUCUGUGGGAGUCACAGAUGACCGUUUCAGCACAAACCAGGGAGCUGUAGAGCUAAAUUAGAAAAAAAACUAACUGCAGCUGUUGAUCUGCGCAGUCACACCGAUGCUCCACCCGCAUCCCUUGCUGGUGUCAACCUCCUAUCAAGCCCCACACAUCUCCAGUGUUGUUCCUUAGGAUUUAAGUUCUCCAGCAUUCCCGGCCUCUCCCCACAGGGUCUCCUUGUCUCCUCCCCAGGGGCUGUGUGUGUGUGACGUUCUGUGAGUUGGUGUUUUGGUCCCCCAGGGUGGAAACUAGCCCACAUCCUCGAGUGGCGGAGCUCACCAGCCAAUCACAACUGGAAUAUCUGACCCAGCCUGUUAGAGGUCAAAGGUCAACAGGAACAUGGUACUGCUGUCAAUAACAACACAAAAUAAAGUAAAUAUAGAUGUAAACUGUAUGUAAAAUGUACGAAGGGAAAAUAUAUUGCUAUAAUAAUUCUUGCAGAAACAGACAUUAAUGAUUGAUAUUAUAAUAAUUGUUGUUAGUUCUAUUGAUAUUCUGAUUCUUUUUUUAACAUUACUUCCACAUAUACAGUGAUUUGACACCUGUUGUUCUGUGGUGCAGAUCAGGACAACCAGUGCAUGUGGGACUGGAACGAGGGAUUACGGGUUAGCGCCACAACACCAGGGUCAAACAAUAACCUGACAUGUGUUUCACUGCGAAGUGAGUGUGGAUUCUGUAAGAGCUCCUUUAAGUGGCCCAUUAAAACUGGCUUCGUUGUUUA